AAUUCUGUCAAAAAUGAUUAAGUAUUUUAUUUAUGACGAAGUUGUCAUUCAUGAUAAAAUCGAUAAUUUUUGGGUGAUUAUUCAUGGAGAUGUCAUCGAUUUGACACCAUUGCUUCAAGAUAGAAUUGAAUCAUGGAAUUUGAAUCUGGAAUACAUUUUGGGUUUUGGUGGAAAAGAUUUAAGUUCAUAUUUUUAUAAAGAUGGCACACCUCGAAUGGAAACGUCAGCUAAAACUGGAAGGAAGAGAGUUCUUUUUCCGCCAAUAGUUGAAGUUACUACAAGUGAAAUGUUAAGAACUGAAGGUAAAAUUUGGAGUCAAGAUCCAAAAUAUAAAAUUGGAAAAUUAACAAAGCAAGAACGACAAAUUCGAAUAAUAAACACUCUUACUGGAACAACUCAAUUAAUGAAAGUCUGUGAAGAAGAUAAAAUUUACGACAUUUUAGUAAAAUAUAAAAAGUUUUACAACUUCCAUGCCAGUAGCUAUGUUUGGAGAAUGAAACCAAUUAAUGGAUCCAAAUGUGGACGACGAUUGUUCUUCAAAAAAACCUUAACCGAAAAUGGACUCUUCAAGGAAAAGCAUGGAAUUCCACCAUCAAUUUGGCUUUAUUAUUCCGAUGAUCUAACUAUUGCUUAGUUUACAGGAAGGUGAUUUUGUGUCGUAAUAAAUUAGUUUCCUUUUCCACCGCGAAAUGAAUUAAAAUCGCAAGUGAUUUAUAUUCAAAACUGAAAACUCUUAUGGAACCUUCUUUUUUUUGUUUACGCAUUUUUAAUUAUAAUCACAUCCAUAUUUGUUGAUAUUGAAAA